GUUUUCAAUAAAUCGUCAGCGAAACUCGCGGUUUCUUACUUCAGUCUUUUUUGAGAAUUUCUGUUCCACCGGCGGAGCAAAUUUGGACGGAACUCCUCUAUGGCAACGGCGAGCUCCUCUGCGUCGGCGGAGACGAAGCUGAAUCUUGUGAAAGAGAUUAGGACGCACGAAGUUGCAGUGGCAGAGCUCGGUCAUCUUCCUGCCUCUCGACCUGUCUACCAGAAGACUGGAAACCUCUUUUUCCGCACAACCAUUCAGAAAGCAACAGCCUCCGAGCAAAGUAAAAAACAGAGUUGCUUUUCUCUCUAUCCAUUCAAACUACUUGAUUCAGCCAAAGCUAAGCUGGGCAAGCUCAACUCCUCUUGAUUCUGUGAUCAUUCCCCCUUCUUUGAAUCUCGAAUAUGGUCUACCGGUCCUUGCUGGCUGCUGAAUUUUCGAUGGUAAUGAUUGAAGAGUUCUGCAGAUGUGGGAUAAGAUUGAUGUAAGAUAAGAUGGCUGGAAGCCUGGAAGACCAAAAAGUUCAGACUAUGGCUGCUACCAAAAGUGGGAUAAGAUUAAUGUACGAACAUUCAUUUCCCUUAGGCUGACAGAUAAUGGUCUGAAUUUGACUGCUAUUACUAUGUCUACCUGGAUUCUUGUGUAAAACAGUCUCUUUAGUAUAUUGAAUUAACUAAUGAUUCCUGGUAGCAAAUCCUGAUCCUGC